CCUUUGUACAAAUUCGCCUUGGUGACAUCUGAGCAAAAAGUGACGUUUUGACGUUUACCUGUGUCCGCUGUCCACAUUUAAUUUUUGUAGAAUUUAUUUAUGCAGAAAACAUUUAAGUUCUCUUCUUAAAAUGGUGUUUGCGAAAAACUGGGAAGAUUUUGAAAUUGCCGCCGAGUCCAUGUACAUGGCUAAUCCGCAGAACUGCCGAUACACAAUGAAAUACGUCCAUGCGAAAGGACACAUCCUCCUGAAAAUGACUGACAACGUCAAAUGCAUUCAAUAUAAAGCAGAAAACAUGCCCGAUUUGAAGAAAAUCGAAAAGUUAACUGGCAAUUUAAUGGGACAUAUGGCAUCCAAGGAGUAACAAACUCAGUUACAUUUUUCACUGGGGAUCAAGUGGGCACAGAGUAUUUUAAGUUUAAAUAGCAUUGCUUCAGGGCCAGUUUUUCAGUGUCAGCUUAAGCUUAGAUCAUGUAAGCUGCGUUUUUUAAUGAGCUGGCUGAUAUUUGAUUGGCUAAUUAGUUUAAACUAGCACAACCGUGCACUGAAAAACUGACCCUUAAUGUUAGCUUUGUAACCACUUUACGAGUGGAGUUUUAGAGGUCGAGAACAUCUUAUGUAUAUACAUAUAUCGAAAACUUCCGAUUCGAAAACAUUUCCAUGAAAUGCUUUUAAUUUAUUGUUAAUCGUGGAUAUGAUGUAAUAAAAUCGUUCUUUUUGUAUUAAAGCAUAAAAUGCAACUAAUGAUCAGGACUAUGCAGGUUCGUUUCGAUUUCUAUGAUCGGACUGUUUUGAAACUAUUGCUAAAAAACUCUGCCUUUAAUAGUUGCGUUCCAGAUGCUUCACGAUUUGCAGGUUUUUACAGGAAGCCGUUCCAGGUGACCACCUUCCAUAAGGUUUAUUAAUGGAGAAAACAGCAUUUCCUGCAAAUCCUGUAAAACCUGCGAUUGGUGAAGCAUCUGGAAAGCAAUUUUUAGAAUCUAAAAUCACAUAAAUAUGGUUUAAUACAAAGCCAAAGCUCUGAUUUUAAGUUCGACUAAUAAAAUACAGUGAAAUAGUU